UCCCCUUAACGCAAUAAGUUCCGCGUUAUAUGCUUUAAACGUUUCCCCUUUCUCCACACACUGCACUGGUGUGAUCUGCUGUGCAAGAUGUCAGGACAGGGACCGUUUGAGACCAACUCAGUCACUUUGACUAGGUUUCUUCUGGAGGAGGGUCAGAAAGCCAGAGGGACCGGAGAGUUAACGACACUUCUAAACUCUCUGUGCACAGCUGUUAAGGCGAUUUCCGUAGCAGUGCGGCAAGCAGGAAUCUCCCAUCUCUAUGGCAUUGCGGGCAGCGUCAAUGUGACCGGGGACCAGGUGAAGAAAUUGGACAUCCUGUCCAACGAGCUGGUCAUCAACGCGAUCAAAGCGUCCUUCACAGCAUGCAUCCUGGUCUCUGAGGAGGACGAGCACGCCAUCAUCCUGGAAGCAGGAAGCCGGGGUAAAUACAUUGUGUGUUUCGACCCCCUCGACGGCUCAUCCAACAUCGAUUGCCUUGUCUCCAUCGGGACAAUAUUUGCCAUCUACAAAAAGACCACAGAUGGGGAGCCCAGCGAGCUUGACGCCCUGCAGCCGGGCCGGGACCUGGUGGCGGCGGGCUAUGCCCUGUACGGCAGCGCCACCAUGAUGGUGCUCUCCUGCGGCCAGGGGGUCAACUGCUUCAUGCUGGACCCUGCGAUCGGGGAGUUCAUCCUGACAGACAAAGAUGUGAAGAUGAAGAAUCGAGGGAACAUCUACAGUACAAACGAAGGCAACGCCAUGUACUUCGAGCCGGCCGUCACAGAGUACCUGCAAAAGAAGAAGUUCCCAAAGGACGGCAGCGCACCGUACGGGUCUCGCCACGUUGGCUCCAUGGUAGCAGACGUCCACAGGACUAUGAUGUACGGAGGCGUGUUCCUGUACACAGCCAACCGGAAGAGUCCCCAGGGAAAGCUGAGGCUGCUGUACGAGUGCAACCCCAUGGCCUACAUCAUGGUGCAGGCAGGGGGCAUGGCCACCACGGGCACCCAGAACGUUCUGGACAUCCAGCCCGUGGACAUCCACCAGAGGGUCCCCGUGGUCAUGGGCUCGUCCGACGACGUGCGAGAGUACCUCGCCAUCUUCAUGAAGCACGGCAGAAAGUAGCAGGCCAGCCAGUAGCACCCUCUGUUGAGUGUACGUGCAUUUUUUGGUUGUGUUUAUGUGUGUGUGUGUCUGUGUGUGUGUACACAUUCCACACGGGAAAGGGUACUGGGAAAUGACUGGACCCCUUCCUCAGAGUUUACGUUCUGCUUUGAGUAGCAACAGUGCAUGAGUCCAAAGGAGUAAGACAAUGCUUGCCAUAAGCUGGCAAGCAAACUCGCAAAGACACCAAUACUGAUUAGUACGUGCACAAACACACACACACAAACACACUCACGCACAUAUGGAUCACAUGCUACAUACAACAAACAUUUGCUUCACACGUAACUUAAAACAAGCACCUUGAUCGGGUUGGAACAUUUUAAUAUAUGUUGGGCCACAUACAAAUAUCUAUGCAAGAACGCUUCAUGCCUUGAUCAUGUCUGAUAAAUAAAAAUUCAAACUUCAAAGAAUGAUUCUUUGUUGUUUUU